AUGUUGAAAAGAAAGUUUGAUGAGACGGCUGAUGAUGGGGGAGGGCUGGAGAGUGCUGCGCCCUCAAAUGGCCAAUCAGAGAGUGAUGAUAGCAAUUGCAGCAAUAGUAGUACAGAUGCCAAGUCACCAGAAGUUUUGCCUGGACCAUCACCACCCAAGAGGAUAAAAAAGAAGGUGAACUUUAAUGGAGUCAGUGUUUUCUAUUUCCCUCGGAAGCAAGGGUUUACCUGUGUUCCCAGCGAAGGUGGAUCAACAUUAGGAAUGUCUGAGAAGCAUACCUUCACACGAGAUUUCAGUUUGUCAGACUUUACAAAGGAGCAGAAACGGAUCCAUCGUUCCAUUCUUGCGGAACAGCGCAGACAGGGAAAGAUGUUUCCAUCCCCACUUCUUGCAUCCUCUUUGCCGCCAAUGAAUCCUGGGGAAGAUGUGUCCUCUGGUAGUGAGAGUGACAGUGAGUAUGAUGACUAUUACUUCCUGCAGCCGCUUCCAAUCCGUCAGCGGCGCGUGCUCUUGAGGACAGCAGGUGUCAAGAAAAUAGAUAAUGAAGAGAAGGAUGAAUGCCGGGACAUCAGAGUGUCCAGAAACGUCUGCGGCUGCGACUGUAAAACAUUCUGUGAUCCAGCCACUUGCUCUUGUAGUGUUGCUGGCAUACAGUGCCAGGUCGAUCGGUUAUCAUUUCCUUGUGGCUGUACUAAAGAUGGUUGCGGUAAUCCUGCAGGAAGAAUUGAAUUCAACCCGAUCCGUGUACGAACCCACUUUAUUCAUACUCUUAUGCGACUGGAGCUAGAAAAAACUGACUCUCCUUGUCAGGCAGUCGGCCCAGUAGCUAAAACAUCCUUUGCCUCAAAUAGAUCACCAGAAGCUGCAGGUAAAAUGAAUGUCAAAAGCAGCGAGGUUGAAACUGCGGAGGAAAUGACUAGCUUGAGCACAGAUGCUCCUGGUGAUCAGAGCUGCAGUAGCACAUCCAUGGGUACAGAUACCAAUGAUGGCAGCAGAGUACUCAAAAGCAGACUGAAGAUGAAAAGCACAGAGGUAAUUGAUCUGAAUAUGUUCAACAGCAAUGAGAAAGGCAGUUGUAGGGACUGCCAGAACACAGAAAUGUGCAAUGUUAUGAUGCAUGAUGUCAAAUUCUCAAUGGUCAGCCAUCAGCAGAGACAGCAGCUUCAGCAGCAGCGAGCUAUUCCUACAAUUGUAGGAUCACAGUAUCAAGGAUCACACUUGCAGCAGCCGCAGCAUCACUUGACUCCUUCUCCAGGCAUGUUGCUUCUGCGGCCUCCUCCUACUUCACUACCACCGCCACCACCACAGCAGCAGCAGCAUUCUGAGCAUAUGCUGCUGUUUAAUGAUGGAGAAGAAGAGAUCUACCGCACAGAGAAUACAUCUUCUAUGUACUUUGAUAAUGAUGACGCCUCAUACCCUGACAUGAGUGACAUGCCAUCAGUUUUAGAAUCUCGACCAUUUUCCAGUAUCAGCCAAUCCAGUUUCUCUAGAAAAUUUCACGGUCUCCCAUCUCAUAUGUUUUCUUCAGGCAUUGGUGGCAGCAGUGGAUCUGUCUGUAACCAAUCUUCCAUCAUGCCCAAGCAAGCAAGACUACCUAAUCCUGGUGGUAUUCAGAACCUUCAGAUGAAUGGGGAUUGUGGAACUGGUCUGUCAUCAGCAUCCUAUAGUGAUCUUGACUUGGACCAGCGGCGAUCAUGUGGGCUGUUGAUGCACUCUCACACUCAGCAGUCUAAUGCCCAGUCUCAUCUAACUCCAUUUCUGCCAGAAGAACCGCAGCUUUCAUCAGGGCAGUGUAGGGGAUCGCCAGGAAAUAGAAUUUUAUCUCAUAGUCAUCAGUCUCAGAAUGGGUGCUUGACCCACACCCACUUGGGCAACAGUUUGGAGCACAGUGUCACUGGCAUUAGUUCGAUGCUGGAAGGUAGAGUCCCUGAUUUUCAGAGCAAGAUAGCUGGCAAUGACUUAUUGGAGACCACCGUUCUUGCAGCCACAGCAUCAUACAAAAUAGCAUCUACACAUACAGGUACACAUUACAGCUCCAGCACUUCAUCAGUGGCAGAGAAGAAUUACAUGAAUCAGCCAAACCAUAUGAACUUUGUUGGCCCAACAACUGUAAACUUUGAUAACCUGACGGCAUCAUCAAGUAGCAAUGAUGGCAGUACUAGGUUCCCUUCUUUGCGUUCAGCUCAACAAUCGUGUUGGAGUGCAUCCUUUGCCAAUCCCACCUUGAGAGAGUGCUUAGGACUUGGUACCUCAUCUUCCGUUUCCUCCAGCAUAGCAGAUCAGAGUUCAGCUCAGCAAGGAAUUUCGCAAAACGCUGUCUACCAACAAGAACCUUGUGCUACUGCCUCCAGCCCACCGUCUCCUGACUCAUCCACUAUCACGUAUACUACCAUGACAGCCACCACUCGAGACCGUCUGGCUGCCCACUGCCCCGGUAUCUCUUCACACAUGGACAGCAGGUCAGAACUUCCAGCCUGUACCUUGAAAGACUCAAACCCCUCAUUCACCAACUACUACAUUUCUUCUGACAGUCCUAACACAAACAGAGUCCUAGGAGGCUGCCAGAAUCUCAUGUACGACUUGCCAUACCCAGAUACAAGCACUGUUGACUCUUGUACAGACUUUAAUGUUGCUUUUGCCGCAGCUGAACAAAACAGAACAUCUUCUGAUACAUGUAUGAACAUUUCAAGUACAUCUGCAACAUUAUCACUAUCACAGCCACUGGUUACCUCUCCACAAACCUCAUCCUGCUCUCCACCUGAAUUCACAUCACGUUUGUAUUCAACCGAGGUCUCCUCAACAAGCACGCUACCUAUAUCAUCCACCCUGAUUCCUUCUUUGUCAUCCACCCUGAUUCUUUCUUCGUCAUCCACUCUGAUUCCUUCUUCAUCUUCAUCAAACUCACCUGCCUCCUGUCAGACAAUGGCACAUCAGUCAUUUACCCAACAACCAACCUCAACCACUGAUGCUGAUACAUUUCUACAUAAUCCUCAUGUGUACAGUAGUAAUUCAGCCUCCUGUAAUUCACUUGGAGUGGUUGUUUCCACUGUCGGUGUGACCACCCCAGCAGAGGAAGCAGCUAAGGAACCAUCUAAUGAUUCUGGUGCAGUCCACCACAAACAGUCAACACUUCAGCAUCCAGAUUUGCCUGAUAUGAUUGUCAGUAGCUUGAAAGCCAGCUGUAAUUCUACAGAACAAAUCAAUGUGGUGAACUCCUGUGACGAAGAGGGUCAAGCGCAUAUUAAUGAUGUGCACUGCGACAGUUUGUCAUGUGACAUACCAGAUGCAGAGUACGAAGAGAAUCGAAAUUAUGAGGCCUGUGCCACAGACUCUGAAGUAAUAUCCUCGCUGUCUUCAUCUGCAGCACAGUCAGCCGCCUCCUCUUCUACUUCAUCAUCGUCAUCUUCUCCAACAUCAGAGGAAGAGAAGGAGCACCAUUUGAAUCAGGAUUUUGGGGAGAUCAUCAAAGAAUCCAUUGUGGAGAUGGUUUUGGUGUAA